GCCACGUGACGGCGCGCGGCGCCACGUGACGCGCGGGAGCUGCUUCCGGGUCGAUGCGGGACAGGCGACAGCGGGCCUGGAAGUCCAAGAAGGGAGCAUGGACCAGCCCAGUGGAAGGAGUUUCAUGCAAGUUCUGUGUGAGAAAUACAGCCCUGAGAACUUCCCCUACCGCCGUGGGCCCGGCAUGGGGGUGCACGUCCCAGCCACUCCACAGGGCUCACCCAUGAAAGACCGCCUGAACCUGCCCAGUGUGCUGGUGCUCAACAGCUGUGGCAUCACCUGUGCCGGGGACGAGAACGAGAUCGCCGCCUUCUGCGCCCACGUCUUUGAGCUCGACCUCUCUGACAACAAACUGGAAGACUGGCACGAGGUCAGUAAAAUUGUGUCCAACGUCCCCCACCUGGAGUUUCUAAACCUGAGUUCCAACCCUCUCAGUUUGUCCGUUUUAGAGAGAAGUUGCGCUGGGUCUUUCGCUGGCGUCCGCAAACUUGUGCUCAACAACAGCAAAGCUUCCUGGGAAACAGUGCACACCAUCCUGCAGGAAUUACCUGACUUGGAGGAACUCUUCCUGUGCCUUAAUGACUACGAAACAGUGUCUUGUUCUCCAGUUUGCUGUCAGUCUCUCAAGCUACUCCACAUAACUGACAAUAAUCUUCAAGACUGGACUGAAAUUCGAAAGUUGGGAAUUAUGUUUCCAUCACUGGACACACUUAUCCUGGCUAACAACAACCUCACCACCAUUGAAGAGUCAGAAGAUUCCCUGGCAAGGCUUUUCCCCAACCUAAGAUCCAUCAACUUGCACAAGUCAGGUCUGCAUUGCUGGGAAGACAUUGACAAGCUAAAUUCUUUCCCGAAGCUCGAGGAAGUGAAAUUGCUGGGAAUUCCUCUGCUGCAGUCUUACACCACCGAGGAACGCAGGAAGCUGCUAAUAGCCAGGUUGCCAUCCAUCACCAAGCUCAACGGCAGCAUCGUGGCCGACGGCGAGCGGGAGGACUCGGAGCGCUUCUUCAUCCGCUAUUACAUGGAGUUCCCCGAGGAGGAGGUCCCCUUCAGGUAUCACGAGCUGGUCACCAAGUACGGGAAGCUGGAGCCCUUGGCGGUGGUGGAUCUGCGGCCUCAGAGCAGCGCCAAGGUGGAGGUUCACUUCCAGGACAAGGUGGAGGAGAUGUCCAUCCGCCUCGACCAGACUGUGGCAGAGCUGAAGAAGCACUUAAAAACUGUGGUGCAGCUGUCAACAAGCAACAUGCUGCUCUUCUACUUGGACCAGGAAGCUCCUUUUGGUCCCGAGGAGAUGAAAUACAGCUCGCGGGCGCUGCAUUCCUACGGCAUCCGGGAUGGGGAUAAAAUUUACGUGGAGCCCAGAAUGAAAUAGCCUUUUUGCCCACACCCACACGCCCCCACACACCCACACACAUGCAUUGAGGAGUUUUUUGCAAGGUUUUUAUUUCAGUUGGUUGGUUGAGGUUUGGUUGUGUUUCUGUAGCAGGUAAUUUCUUAGCGCGGAGGAAGUGCCCUGAUCUGAGAACCAUGCCCACCAUCCACUGCAGGUGACCUUGAGGUGACAAUUGACUUCAGGACGUGUGUUUCAGUGUGGGCAAUACCUUGAUGUUUCCUUUGAUGCUCCGGUAUACUCGUGAUUUGGCAUGAAUGGUCAGUUGUUCAAGCUAAACAAUGCCAGGGUCCAUAAGGGAGGAGACAGCUCGGUGCAGAAUUUGACCUGUUGUUUUCUUUUCCUGAAUUUUUUUGGUGUUUUGCUCCACCAGAUCUCCCUUUGGCCUAGCUAUCCAACUGUGGCUCGAGCUUGCUGUAGUAUUUUCUUGCAGCUUGGUGCUGUCUCAACCUUUUGUUGUGCUCGAGUUCACAGGAAAGAUCUCCAUCAGUAUUCUGCUUGAUUCAGAGCUCAGGUACUUUAGUGCAUCCACUUCACUCCACUGGUUUGCUUUCUGUGAGUGCACAACGUGGGGGAACGAAAAAGAACUUCCCAGAAAGAAACUUUCUUUUCAAAGUGCACGCUCUAUAUCCACCUGAUUUUGGGGGGAAAAAAGAGGUUUUGGCUGCUGUACCCAUCUCACACGGUGCCUGCAGCCUGUGGGGAUAAAGGGUGUGUUGGAAAGUGAAUUUUGGGAGGUGGUGGAUGAGCGCUGCAUUGGAAGGGCUUUUAGAACAACAGGUCAACAAGGGGUUGAAGAGCAGCUUCCCCUGUUGUCCAUCCUGAUGCUGAAGAGAUCCUCCGUGCACUUCACCUUGUACCAGUGGGUGCUGCAAGUGGAAUGGCUAAAAUUCCUCUCCUGGGAGAGAGGAAGAGUCAAGUUGAAGUUUGUGUUCGUUGCUGUUGCACCAGUUCAAACCUAGCACUUUGCCCGGGUCCCUGCGUAGGGUCCGAACUCGGAGGAUGUGUUGGCUCGGAUCAGCCUCUGGAAAAGGAGGGACAAAGCAGCUGGACUCAGCUUGGGAGUUCAGCAGGUUUCAAACAAAGCAGCUGGACCACCUUGAGAGUUCAGCAGGUUUCACUGGAAGCAGCUGGACUCACCUUGGGUGUUCAGGUUUCACUGGAAGCAGCUGGACUCAGCUUGGGUGUUCAGCAGUUUCACUGGAAGCAGCUGGACUCAGCUUGGGAGUUCAGCAGGUUUCACUCAAAGAAAGCAGCUGGACUCACCUUGGAGUUCAGCAGGUUUCACUGGAAGCAGCUGGACUCAGCUUGGAGUUCAGCAGGUUUCACUCUCUCUCUCUUGGCUUCCCCCACGCGCCCCUCGUAGGCAUCGCGUGCUGCUGCUUCACGUAGUCCCUGUUUUCUACUGCAGAGCAGAUUCCCCUGCCUGGUCAGUGAAAUCCUCCUUCCUUUUCCUCUCUCUUGUUUCGCUUUCCCGUGUCUUCCCCUCUCCAAGUUCAAGACUUUCCCCAUUUCCUGGUUACAAGCAGCUGCUCAGCAGUUUUUUGGAGCUGUGCAGCGAGGGCUCUAGUUACACAUGAACUCCUGACCUUCAUUUUGAAAUGCUCCCUUUAUCCCCACGUGCACUUUCUUUCCCAGGAUGCUUUUUCCCGCAUCACCGAGCUCCUUUGGUAUUCUUGGAGUUGUGUAUUUCUCUUCACAUUUUACCUGGAUUGUGGGGUGGGAUCAUUGGGGAGGGAACAAAGUAUUAUUAUCUCAUAGUCUUCAGGUUUAGGAUUUGGGGAUUGUUCAGAGGGGAUUAGUUCCUUAUCCAAAGCAAGGGUUAAAAUGGGAGGAUUUAAAACAAGUUACUAAUUUGUGCCUCAUCCCCCUGCCAAAAAUAGCAAUUUCUUGGCCCCAUUGAGAUGAGCAAUAGGGAAGGGAGUGAGAUUUUCCACAGGUAGCAUAGAUUUCCCAUAGAUCCGUGGUACCUGUAAACUAAACAGCAGGGAGAUAGUGGCAGUAUAACAUAAAAUGAUGCUUUUAUAAGCUAGAGCUUUACUGAAGAUGUAUUUUCCAUUUGGGCAGCGAAAAUAAUUUGCUGCCUGAUAGCAGAACCCUUAAGCCAACACUUCUGUAUGAUAUAUACAUACCUACCAAUAGGAAAAGUUGUGGUUAAUAAGAUAUUUUGUUAUAAAGCAAAGUUUUAUGAAGAUAUGGUUGUUUAAUAUUAGAAGCCUAUUUCAGCCCUUGACCUCCAGUGUAAGUUAUCCCUGAGUGGCUGCAGAGUCUGAGGCAAGCGACCUGUGGGGAUGCAAAAGUGUCUCUGACCCAAUUCCCCAGAGCAGUAAUUGCCUCUGUGGGUGUAUUUAUGGCAUUGUACCUGCUGUUAGUGAGAUGCUGUAACUCCUGACCAACUUCCUCAGCACAAUUAAGAGUCUGGGUUUCAGAGAAGGGAAUAAACAAAGGCCAUUAAAGAGUGGAAUGGGUUGAUAAAGAAGGGCCAAGUAUGUGCUUUUAAGAUUGUUUGUCCACUAAAAAUUGGGCUGUCCACAGAGGGAUCGGUGCUGUCACCAGCUCAGAACUGGCAGUAAAUCCUGCUUUCAUUUGUGACAGACCUGGUGGCAACUGGAAGAUGGAAAAAGAGAACACAGAGGGUUAACAGGUGCUGGGGAUUUGGUGCUGACACCCAAACCUGCUCCCCUGGUCUGUUCAGGUAUGGAAUCACCACCCUGCCACUUCUCCAGGAGAAGGUUUUUCUCAAGGCACCUUGUGUGCAGAUAGUGGAGCAGUCGUGGGGUAGAAACCAAAAGUCUUGGUUGGCUUCCCAAGGAGAAGGACUCACCCCCAAAACCAGAGAGAGUUUGUGUGUGCAGAUGAUCAGCUGUGGGAAUGGGGACCAAACAGCACAUAAGGAUGUGGCAAAAUACCCCAAACCACGGAACCUUGUGGGGAAGGGUCUUGUGUGUGUGCCACCCACCAGGGGACCAUGUCUUGGGGAGAGAGGAGAAGGUUCUGACGGGGGAGGAGGUUUGGGUGCAGAUGUGGCAGGAGGUUUGAUUUAACCCUCUGCCAUGUCAGGAGGGGCUGUGUCCAGGCAUUGCCAGCGUGUGCCCUCUUCAGCUGAAGGUCCCUGGCUCUGUCACAUCCGCUUGAGAAAACAAAAUGGAUGUGCAAGCUUCCCUGGCUGGUGUCCUACCUGAGGGCUGCUUUUGUUGUGUUUCUCCUGCUAGUUCAUGCAUCAAAGUUUGCCACGGGCAGCCUGCACAGCGGGCACAGCACCUGCUCCACGAGGACUUGGGUGACAGCUGUAUACCAAAGUGUCCCACGGCUCCUGUGCCGAGUUUGAGGCUGUGCUGUGUGGUUUUGGAGAUGUUCCUGUUCAAUAGCCGUGGUUUUGGCCAGAUGUUCCAGGCAGAUCGAAGUUAUGAAUAUGCACGGGGUGCUGGCUGGGAUUUGUAGCCUCGUUUUUUGGGAGCUGCAAGCAUGCUGGUGGCAGGUGUGACCCUGGUGGCUUGGAGGACGUGCUGCUGGGGACAGGCUCUCCCUGUGCCCUCUCCUGCUCGGGUCUGGAGUCCAACAGAGGAGCAGCAGCUCUGCCUCCUCUCUUGGCAGUGAGAUCCUGUAGGUUCUGUUCCUCUGCAAGAUUUGAGAAUGCAAAUGAGGUGCUUAAAGCAGCCCAGAGGCUAAAAUAUGUAUUCCUGGCAGCUGUGCCUCCCUCGUUUGGAUGUGGCAUUUUUGUAGGCAGCAGAGAGACGCCUUCCCCAGAGCAACGUUAGAGGGGCUUCAGCCAUCUCGAGCCUUUGCCUCUGUGAUUGCUUUUCUGCAGUUCCUGGAAACUUCAAAUAUAAUUUAAACAUGAAGAUCUGUUCUUGCUCCCUGUUAAUGUUGCAUCCAUAUGUAAUUUCGAAGAAGAAGAACUGUAAGUCCAUCUGGUUUUUUAUUCUGGUUUCUCUCCCAGGGGAUAAACCUCCCGCUCCCACAAUUUGCCUUUGGUUUGCUCGCAGACUUAGUGGUGGAAUUCAGGCCAAAAUAGGUCAUUGGUUUGGAUCAGUUCAAUAAACUUAUGUAAGUUUUUACACUAAAAA